AUGCUCAGGCAACAGCUGGAGGAGCUUCAUUCCCAAGCAGAUUUUGAUGGCAAUGCACAAGCUCAGAGAAGGGCAAAAAAAUUCCUAGAUGAGUUAAGGUUUUGGUCCAGAGUGGAAGAUAGCAUUUUGAUACAAAAGUAUAGAAUAAAAUGGGUGAAAGUGGGGGAUGAUGCUAACGCCAAGUUUUUCUUUGCAGCUACAAGAGCAAGAAAUGCUUAUAAUAGGAUUGUUCUUCUGAAUGAUGAUGAAGGGAGGCAAAUCUCUGGAGAUCAAGCUAUAAUUGAUGAGAUUCUAGGGUUUUAUAAGAAAUUAUUGGGAGCAAAUGCUGACACUUUACCUGGUAUUGAUCUUAAUAUUGUAAGGGUUGGGAAAACAUUAUCUUUUCAUGCUAGAGAAGAGCUGAUUAGAGAGGUGGCCAUUGAAGAAAUUGAUAAUGCUUUGGACAGUAUAGAUAAUUCCAAAGCUCCGGAGCUCAUCAGGGGUUAUUCUAGAGCUCAGAUGUCUCCUAGAUGCAUCAUGAAGGUAUAUAUAAGGAAAGCUUAUGAUUUAGUGGAAUGGAGUUAUUUAGAAACUUUAUUGUAUGAGCUUGGAUUUCCAAGACUGUUUGUGGGAUGGAUUAUGGAAUGUGUAAGGAGUGUUUCUUAUGCAAUACUGGUGAAUGGAACUCCUUCUAUGCCAUUCAAAGCAAAGAAAGGUAUCAGAGCAGAAGCUAGCUCCAUUUCCCUCAUGUUCAAAGCUUUUCAAAAGUUUUCUGAAGCUUCAGGGUUAGCUGCUAAUGUAGAGAAAAGUAAUAUUUAUCUAUGUGGAGUGCAGGAUGAUGUGGCAAGAGAGUUAUCUGAUAUAGUACACAUGAAUAUUGGUGUGCUCCCCUUUAAGUACUUAGGGGUUCCUUUAACUUCAAAGAAACUCACAUAUGCCCAAACUGAACCACUAGUAGAAAAGAUGACUAGUAGAGCUCAAAUUUGGAUGGCUCUCAUGUUGUCUUAUGCAGGGAGGCUGUAG